AUGGCAUCUCUCACCACUAAUCCCCCACGUUCCAUCCUCAUUGGCAAGCAAAAGGAUCAAGUCCAUGCCAAUGCCCGAAUCGUCCACGGCAAAGCCCGCUCCAACGGUUCAGAUGUCUCAGACACUGAAUAUCCCGUCGUGCCUAUUCCCGCAUACCUCACCGACGAAGCUUCAUCGAAUGACAGCUAUCGCGCUUCACAGCCUUCGUCUCUGAGAUCAUGGAUCCCAGAGUCUGUCGGUACACCUGACACCCAGAGAACUUCGGUGGUCAGUCGCCCUGGCUCAAAGGGCACCGAUCUCAUCGCUCCUAUUCCUCGUCUUCCUGUCUCGAUCAGCAAUAACACUUCUGUUGGCUCUCGCUCUGAUGCUGGACACUCGUCUACUCCUUCCCUGGAUAAUGAGAUCACGCCUGUUCCUCAACCCUCGGCCGAGCGCGCUGGCGGUCCUGUGUCCAAGAGCGACGGUGCUGAACAGGCUAAGCCCAAGGUUGAGACUGUCACUGAGGAUGACGUCGGCAAUGCUGUCUUGUUGAAGCGCGGUAAGAGAAAGGUUACGACUCAGAAAUACGUCCUUACAGCUGGUCUGGUCGCAGUCAACUUCAUGUUCAUCUUUGCGAGUUGGUACUGGCCCCGGUACUACUACAUCUACCUCCCCUUCAUCUCCUUCCCCCUCGUCCUCAACUGCAUCAUGAUCGCUUCCAUCGCCGUCUUCACCUUCAUCCACUGGGUCAGUCCCGAGAAGCAAAUCAAGCCCUCCACCCCCGAAAACAUGGUUUACGUUAUCCCCUGCUACAACGAGACACUCGAAGAGUGCACCCGCUCUCUCGACUCCCUCGUCAACCAGACCGGUCUUGAGAACCACAAGAAAGGCAUCAUGGUCAUCUGCGACGGCCGUGUUCGUGGUCCCGGUAUGACAAAGACUACCGGGGAUUACCUCAACGAGGAUAUCUUCCUUCAUCAGACACAGAGGAAGAAGAUUCGUGGCGCUUACACUGCUUGGGACGGUCAACAGAUGGAUAUCGAGAUCUCCAAGGGCUUUUACAAGGGAUUGCCUUUCUACUGUAUCGUCAAGGACCAGAACCAAGGCAAGCGCGACAGUCUCAUUGUCAUUCGAUCGUUCCUCUACAAGUUCAACACCCGUGCCCAGAACCCUCAGUCCAUCUUCUCGCGCGAGUUCCUCGACUCCAUGACUAGCUGGCUUGAGAACGAGGUCAAGAUGGACAGCGUCGAUCAUCUCAUUGGGAUGGAUGCCGAUACCGUCUUUGAGGACAAGUGUGUCACCGAACUUCUCAAGGAGUCGUACUAUCCCAACACUGUCGGUGUCUGCGGUUACGUCGCGGUUGACUUUAAGGAUGGUAACUGGAACCUCUGGUCCAUGUACCAAUCUGCCGAGUACACUAUUGCCCAAGGUCUUCGUCGUCUUCAUCAGUCUAUCGCCACCAAGAAGGUCUCUUGUCUUCCCGGCUGCUGCCAACUCCUCAAGAUCUGCGAUGAAACCUGUGGCGACCUCGUUCUCAUCGACCUCUUCGGUUACUUUCCCAAGCACAUGGACGGUAUGCUCAAGCGCAUUCGCGCUACAGCCUCAGAGGAUCGCAACCACAUUUGCCAGUUGCUCGUCACUUUCCCUCAUGCUCAGACACGCCAGGCUCUUCAUGCCCGCGCUUACACUGACGUCCCUCACUCUUGGAACGUCUUCCUCUCUCAGCGUCGUCGAUGGACGCUUGGUGCCACUAGCAACGACCUUCUCCUCUUCUGCGCUUGGAACACUCAAUGGUGGGAGCGCAUUGUCGCAUUCUCUAAUGUUCUCACCUGGUCUCUCAACGUGUUCGUCAUUGCGUCAAUCGGUUGUAUGAUUGUCGCCUUCAUGAGUCAACCUUGGUGGCUAAUCAUGUGUUUCGCUGGUGUCAUGAUCAUCCCUCUUCUUUACUAUGCCAUCAUGGCCACUUGGCUGCCUCGAAACCUUGUUGAACGCGCCCAGUUCCUGCUUGGUCUUGCUGUCUUUGUCUUCUUGGGUCCCUUUCUCAAUAUUGCUGUUAUGCUCUACGCUGUUGUCAACAUGGACAAUUUCGGUUGGGGUAAGACAAGAAAGGUUGUCACUGAUGAUUCUGAGGAGAAGGCAUCACAGAAGGAGGGUGUUUACUCCGACAGUAGCUUGACUGAGCCUAAAGAGAAAGCUGGUACGGGAGUGUAG